AAGAGAGAGCGUGUGUUCUGUGUAUAGAAGCGAUGCAAUCGCAUUGACAUAUAACACGUAUUGAAUGAGUCGAGUGCCGAUGUCAAUUCUCAGAUUUUGUUUGACUCAUGAAUUAAACAAUGUUUUUUUAUUGUUAAACCGCAUUUUGUGUGAAGUUUUCAAAAGAUCUUUUGUUAAUUUUGGUGGAAAAUAAGUGUUAAAUAUUUAAUGAGCAAAGUAGAUAGGAAAAAUGUGGCAAAUUACGAAACCGCAGAUAUUUUUGUUGGCAUGUGGCGCAUUCACACUACGCGCUAUCAUAUCACUUCAAUCAUAUUCUGGAUUUAAUAAGCCGCCAAUGUAUGGAGAUUUCGAGGCACAGCGUCAUUGGCAGGAAGUAACAAUCAAUUUGCCGAUCGCUGAUUGGUAUACGAAUACCAGUGAUAAUGAUUUGAUGUACUGGGGCUUGGAUUAUCCUCCGUUGACGGCCUAUCAUAGUUUCAUCAAUGGAUGGGUCGCACAGAAAUUGAAUGCAUCAUACGUUGAAUUGCAUACAUCUCGUGGCAUUACAACCGAAGAACAUCAUAAUUUUAUGAGGAACACCGUGUUAGUGGCUGAUUUUCUACUCUACAUUCCGGCUCUAAUUAUUGCUGUCAAAUCGAUUGGAUUACAAUGGCAUCCAAUACUGAGCUUAUUAAGUUUGAUUGUUGUGCUAUUCUAUCCCGGUCAAAUAAUCAUCGACAAUGGGCACUUCCAAUACAACAACAUCUCGCUUGGUUUUGCUGCAUUGGCCAUUGCUGCCAUCUUCCGGAAAUCCGAACGACUUGCCGCUGUUCUAUUCGUUCUGGCAUUGAACUAUAAACAAAUGGAAUUGUAUCAUGCUCUGCCGUUCUUCCUCUAUCUUCUUGGACAUAGUUUCACAAGUUCUAAACAAAAAUCGACGAGUUUCAGUCAACGAUGCGUGGCUGCUGUUAAAAAUGUCGCAAUCUUGGGAUUGAUUGUGUUGUUCUCAUUCGCAUUGAUUUGGGCACCAUGGCUGCGAUCGAUACAUCACCUCAAACAACUCCUUCAUCGACUCUUUCCCGUGGCUAGAGGCGUUUUCGAAGAUAAAGUCUCGAAUGUUUGGUGUGUCGUUAAUGUUUUUUAUAAACUAAAAAUGCAUUUUACAAACGAGCAAAUGGCAAUUGCUUGCCUUAUCAGCACACUGAUUGCUAUCUUGCCGAGCAGCAUUCACUUGUUGUUGAAUCCACGAAAAGAAGCAUUCCUAUUGAGCUUGAUAAACAGUGCACUUGCAUUCUUCCUAUUUUCAUUUCAAGUGCAUGAAAAAUCCAUUUUACUCGUCACACUACCAGUCAUGCUAUAUUUCCGAAUGGAUCCAUUGUGCGCGCUAUGGUUUCUGCACAUUGCAACAUUCAGUAUGCUACCGUUACUUGUGCUCGAUCAGCUGAUUUAUCCAACGGUUGUUCUCACCUCUAUUUAUCUAAUGUUGAUUCGAGUAGCCAUACGAUGGUCGGUAAACGAUGAGAAAACGACAAAGCUACCGCUAUGGGACGUACUAUCGUUAAGUAGCAUUAGUGAUAACAAAUUAUUCGUCGGUAUCUUUUACAUGAGCACAUUUGUUGGUUGCUCGUUACUAGUUGUCGGUCAAGUUUUUGUUCGUCCACCGAACUCAUUACCAUUUCUCUUUCCAUUGUUAAUCUCAGCCUAUAGCUGUGCGCAUUUCGUGUUGUUCUUCAUUUAUUUCAACAUUCGUCAAAUAUUUGGUGGGGCAACUGUGAAAAUUGACAACGUACAACGUGUCACCAGAAAGACGACCAGCAGAGUAGCGACUAACAAAAAGUCAAAUUAGUAAAUAAAUAGACAUUUCCAGACAGAUUCGAGUAAAGUUGUUGACGAAUCAGACGGUUGUGGUGGCAAAUUUAAUGUGAUUAUUGUAUCGCCAGAAUUCGAAGGAAAAUCGAUUUUACAACGCCAUCGUCUUGUGAACUCAGCAAUUGCCGAGGAAUUG